GAUUGCUUCGGUGGUAUCAAACAGGGUCUUAUUGAGGCUGAAUCCAGCUGAGGUAAGCUUCUACCCCACACCACCAGCACGUUGGAUGUAUAUACUUGAUCUUGCUGAAUGUUUUCUUCAGUCCUAAAUAGAGUCUGGUUCCCGUAGUACUGGUUAUACCAACUCCUAUCAUGGCGUCUCAAAAUGUGUCAGAAGAUCACUUCCAAAAUCACCUAGAAACUGUCCGGUUUUUGUUUGACAGCAAGUUAGAUACAAUGGAAGCUUACACUACAAAAGUCAUUGAUAUCUGUAACAAGGCUCUGACAUCAGGAAACAUACGCCACCCUCCGAUAACACAUCGGAUUAAGAAAUGGGAGUCAGCUGAGGGAACUCUCCGGCGACGCCAGAGAGAACGAAUAGCUCGACAACGCCUUCGUACUGUAGUUCAAUCAAAGGGUUGGAGUUGGCCGGACUGGUGCCGUAUUUUGGGCCAAGAGCAAUGUGAGGAAGAGAUAGGACCAUUCCAGGGCCCUCAACAAAUCCUCGAUGCUUUACACGAUUUUAGUGGCCUGCGUAUCUCGCUUUACUUUCCAGGAGAUGUAGAGCGAGUUAUCAGCCUGCUAAGUAAUAGACUACAAGUCACCAGUAAAUGGCGCAAAGAUCAGGAUUCUGACAUUGCACAGAAGCUUGAAAAUUGCAUCGAGGUACUCAAUGAGCCUGGUGCGGCUGGAAAAGCAGCAGACCUCGUGAAGGGGGAGUUUCCAGGCUAUAGAGCGACCCAUCUUAUUGUGAAACUGGCAACUAAGGACAUUCCACCUGCCAAAAUCUCCCCUUGGAAAGACAUUAAAGUUGAGAUCCAAAUCGGUACUUUGAUAAUGCACGUGUGGUCUGAGAUAGAGCAUGACAUGUUGUAUAAGCCACUUGCAUCGCAAGAUCAAAAGAUAUCUCGCGAGGAAGAGCAAGUAUUGGACAUUAUUAACGGCAUCGUGAUGACAGGCGAAGGUGCCCUACGCCAACUCGAAACAUGUAUAGAAAUACGGCAGGAUCAACGGACAAAAGACAAAUCUGCGUUCGCAAUAAGCCAUCAUGAACUGGGUGUCUGGAUCGAAAAGUACUGUUCUGAACGUGCAAAACCUCUGGUUUCACAUGACUGGAAGAGCUUGCCUGAACUUUUUGAGAUUCUGAAAACGACUGGUGAUCAUCAGCACUCCAAAGUUGAAUCAAUCGUUGAUGAAAUCUUCCAAGAUCAAGAUAAAGAAGUCCGUCGCGAUAAUAUCUCUCUGUUUAUGUUACAAGUACUUUGUAAAGGUACAUUUGAGGCCCAGCCUCCCUCUCUAGAACUUAAUGGUGCCGGGAUGCUGGGCCCGAUUGCCCAAUUCUGGGCUACGCAUUUUGUGCAUGGUCUUAAUAUGGCAAUCUACCUGGGCGUCGAAGACAGGUUUCUUUGUGUAGAUGACACACCUAAGCCAUCAAUGACAAAGAUUCUUGAUAUCCUCCAUCCUUAUCAUCCGUAUGUUCGUUCAGUUUACAAACCUUUUUGUUCUUGACACCUCAUUUUAUCCCAUUUUCAAACUCUAUUUCUGUAUCUGGGGUUACGGGCUCAAUUUGGGUUCCUUAAUACUGUUCAAAUUUUUUUAACCUCUCAAAGAUUUACCUGGUGGUCACAUACUGACUCCCCAAUCUUGUAGUCGUUGCGGAGACGCCGCAGAUGCCCAGACUAUCAUUUCUUACUGCCAUGGGCUUCUUAAUCGCCAGCGCGAUCCAUGGGUCAUACUUGCAACUCUCUUAUCGCGUACCAUCGGCAUCAUUAGAAUGAUGGACUUCGGUGAUCUACAAAAUACUCUUGUGCCCGGAAUCAUGACCAGGUUCUUUACUCUCAAAUCAGUGCUCCCGAAAAACUUCAGCCCUCAAACUAGAAUUCAAGACCUCGAACAAUAUUGGAUCACUGGGUUUGUAAGCUACUAUUAAGAUCGAACGUCUUCGGCGCUAUCAUACGAUGUCUGGGACGAAAUAAAAUUACUGUCUGCCGAGUCGAAAAGUCCAAUCGAACAGCAGUUCUUCAAACCUUCAAAGUUGUGGCUUUCUUCCGAACAUCCCGACUCAAGAUCAUGGGAACUUAUUGAUCCACCAAUUUUGACACUCAGACUGCUUAGGCCUGAGGUUUCGGCGAUAAUAUCUCCUGAAUUGCGAGAAUCAUCGGACAGCGUAGAAGGCAUUCUAAGUCUCCUAUACCGACUUCACUCUCGAGGGAAUUGGGCGCAAGUAGAGGAGGGUUACAAACUCGCACGCUCCCUAGGGCGUUCUUCUAUUUCCGAUGAUUCAAAUACUCACCUCGUGACGCUACAACCGGAUCCCACUCCAAGCCCUGAGUUAGAAAUUCCCAUUGUUUCCGUAGGGUCAAUCCGCGACAAUACAGGGCAACGGCAAAUCAGUUCACGACCGAUUAUACGGCGAAGAAGACACGACGCCUUCUAUUCAAGCUAAAAUCACCCAAUCGUGUAUUAUUCAAUUACUACUUAUCGAAAAUGACUUAACCCUUCUCCCCUUUCUUCUCAACACGCGCUUCAAAGUCUAUAUGAUUACACUCACCUACCAAACACGAUAUUGUAAUCUGUUUAGAAGUAUUAAUCAAUGGAAAGCAUCACUCAAUAUGAUACCCGAACCUUAAAAAUUAAAGUUGGUAAAUGUUUGGUUCAUUGAAGCAGAAAGGAAGCCACGGUAAAAUUAUACGGUCUUUACA